AGGGUGCAGAGACCUGUGGGGUGACUUUAUAAGAGGGGUGUCGUGCCUUGCAAACUGGUGUUUAUUUCAAUAAUUUUUAGUAUUGAUUUUUUAUUGAAGCAGGUAAUAAAUUCCAUAAUUACCUACACAUUUAAAUAAUUCGUCAAACAAAAGCAGAUAACUUAUUUUGUAGUGUUCGUAAUUCGCACGGACAGCCUUUUAAAAGCCGGAUCUUUGCAUCAAUGCAAAUGAAACGAUACAUUUUAUGAUAUCUGAAAGUAUCCGUAUGUAUUAACUAACUACGCGGAGCCAAGUGUAACAAUUUGUAUUUAUUGAGCCAAGUGAAUGAACUCUGCGUCAACCACAAACCGUAUGCCUAAUUGAAUAUCGCUAUUCGCUCCGCUCCUACAGUAGUGCUCCGCCGGCAGGCGGCAUGGAUCGACACCGCAACAGUGUAUAGUAUAGAAUGGAAUCUUAGCAACCUCUUUCAAAACAUAAACCAAAAAUAAAUACAAAAACAGCUGUGCUGUAGUUAGCAGAACCCUUAGGACAUACUGAGUAGCUGUCCUCGCGUAUCGCGGUCUGAUUUCUAAGUCUUUAUUAUCUGUUUUUAUAAUUAAACAAAUGUUAAUAUUUCCGCGACUCCGCUUUUUUUACAAUGUUUAGUUUCGGUUAAAAUAGGUAUCAACUAGAUUUUAACUUUUCUUGUUAGGAACAGUUAAAUAAGUGAAAAAUUACACUAAUAUAGUGAAUAAGAGUAGAGAUGUGGCUACAUUGAGUAAGGAAUACUUGACGCUGGUUUAUUAAAUUAUAUAAAAAUGGCUGCUUAUAAGAAAGUAAUAUUCAAUGUGAGAAGCACGGGCAUACUAUGCAUAUUACGAGAUCCAGUCGUGUUAUGCUCACCAACAUAUGCCGUAUCUCGAGAACAUUUCUCCAAAAGAGAUGCGCACACGCAAGCUCUCACAAAGAACUUGCAAUAUAUCAGCAACGAUGCGGCCAAGCUCAAAGUCAACCCUAAAACUAUGAGAUUAGAUAGGGAUGUGAAGAGACCGCUGUGCAUCUUCAUGAGCUGGAUGCUGGCGAAACCAAAGCACAUCUUGAAGUACGCGGACAUCUACCUGGAGCAGGGCUUCGACGUGGUAUCCGUGUCCUGCACGCCCUGGCAGCUCAUGUGGCCCGCUAAAGGAUCGCAGUUAGUCGGUAAGCAGCUGAUGGAUUUCAUGGCUGAGAAUGACCUCUCUCCAUUGGCUCUUCACGGCUUUUCUGUAGGCGCUUACGUAUGGGGUGAAGGGCUCCUAUACGCUAUGAAGAAUAAAGAUAAAUUCCAACCUGUGUUGGACAGAAUGAAGUCCCAAGUGUGGGAUUCUGCGGCCGAUAUCACGGAGAUUCCCAUAGGAUUUCCGUCCGCCGUGUUCCCCAAGAAUAUGGUCUUGCAGAAUGCUCUGAGAGCUUACACCAAGUUUCAUCUGAAACUAUUCCACGAAGCGGCGACGCGGCAUUACUUAGCAUCGUCAGGUAUAUACCACCAUCCACCGAGUCGCGCCCCAGCAUUAUUUCUACUAUCGAAGAAUGACCCGGUCGGUGCCGAAUGCAGUAACCGCGACGUUCACGACUGCUGGGUAAAAGAUGGUAUUCAGUGCACUUGGAUAUGCUGGGACCGUUCACCUCAUGUUCUGCAUUUUUUCCAUCACCCGAAAGAGUAUCUUACAGCUCUUUACAAUCAUCUUGACAAGAACGGCUUAAUUACUAACCGAGAAAUAAUGCUCGAGAGACUAAAAAAGAGUUAAUACCUACUUUAGAGAGUCUGGAUGGGAAUUAUUCUUUUUA